UGGAUGCUUUCUUUUGAUGUCCAUACUUCAGAAUGUUGUGGUGGAAGAGGUCUUCAGCUUCUGUGAAAAAGUCUGGAAACCCAAAGCAUUUGGGGAUUACAAUUGUGGUCCACACCAAGCUGUUGGCAUAAGUUCAGCAGCUUCACCUGAUUCCAUUCGUCGGACUGCUUUAAUAACGCGACGUCAUGGUGACAGCAGGACUUGCAGUUGCCGAGGAGGAGAUCGGCAGUGAUGGUUGCACCGCCUGAUCAAGAGCAGUCUAACAGGCAUAUUUACCCGCAGGCUGUGGAUGUCUUUCUAAGUGAAGUGCAAGGGCAAGUUUCCCCCCCUCCCCAAUUCAACAGCCAACUGAGAGCCAUGUCUGGGCCUGCUUCUCUCUUUGAUGCCACGCUGGAUCCUGUGGCCAGCCACGUUAAACACUGGAAGGAUCUGAAGAUCGACAGCACGUCUGGCCUCAGUGAGAGUGAUUACACGCCUUCCGGAUCUGCUCUAGAGGACAUAGAGGUGACAGACACUGACGGUGGAGAUGCUGCUCGGAGUGGUCCUCUAUUUUUAGAACGGAAUGUGAAACAGAGAGGAGCUGCAGCACCUGAGCAGCAGGAAGAGCGCCCCGCGGUGACGCCCCAUCCUGCUGAGAUCCCUUCUGCCUUUUCACCACUCCUGGACACGUCCUGUGACAACCAUCUGUUUGAGUGCGUGAACUCGUCAGAGGACACCUCACCGGACGUGCUUCGAAUAGUAAAACAUAAGCCAAGUGCGAUUGUUUUCUGCGAUUAUGAAGGCAGCCAUGCCGCUGUUGGGAAGGAGAGUUCUGACGGCAGGGAGUCCUCCUCUUCCUCCUCCACUUCCAAAGAAGAGAGUGAAGAUGAAGAUGCUGAUGUUGAUGAAUUCCCUGAAACUUUGCAGUACAAGGAGUUUCUGGUCAGUCGCCAUCGUAGGAGUUUGAACAAAAACAGAAAGUUUCUGAGGAAGAGGCCAGAGGUUCUGCCUCAUGGCCCUGCAGCUGACCGGCCAAAGACCUCCAACAGCAAAACGAGACCCGAGUGUGCAGGUGGCAAGGAGGAAGAGGAUACACGGCAGCAGUGUGACUCCAUGAUCCUGCUGAUGAAGAAAUUGGAUCACCUCAGUGAGGGAAUGCAAAACAUCCAAAACUCUAAUUCCUGCCACACAAAUGAUGUUCGAGUCAAGGCGGAGCAGCAGGGCACCAAGGGUGCCCAGACUGUGUUCAGGAUGACAGUCCGAACAGGCCCGGAUCAAGGAGCCCACAAAUCUCCAGACAAACCUGAGCCGCUGACCAGAUGCCGCUCACGACCCUUGACCCGCAGCAGGCCACUGACCCGCUCCUCCCUCACGUCUCCUACGCAUCUCCAAGCUCGUCAUGCCUGGGUUGCUGCAAAGAUGACCAGCGGAUCAGCAGAGAUUGAAGCAAAGGAGGCUUGCGAUUGGCUCCGAGCAGCCGGGUUUCCACAGUAUGCCCAACUCUAUGAAGAUUCCCAGUUUCCGAUCAAUAUUUCCGCAGUGAAAAGGGACCAUGACUUUUUGGACCGAGAUCUAGUCGAACCUCUGUGUCGACGCCUCAAUACUUUGAACAAGUGUGCAUCCAUGAAACUCGAUGUAAGCCACCCCAAGAGGAAGAGUGAUGACUCUGAUGAAGAUGAUCCAUUGGCUAUCAGUAAGAGGUGGACAUUUGAGUGGAGCAGCCGCCGCUGGUCACGUCUGCAGGACUUUCUAUUGGACAGCGCUAACGAGAGCAGCCCGACGGGUGAAGGCGAGGGUCUGCGCAGCACAGUGAGCAGUGAGAGCGUACUGACGGACCUGAGUGAGCAGGAAAUCACUGAGAUCUCCUCACUCCACAGCGAGGACUCGGCCUCCGCCAUGCCUGACUCUAUAUCCAUGGCGUCCCUAUCUGCUUCCUAUCAACCGCCGAGGGAACUUCCUCAUUAUAACUCCCUUCCCAUCAAAAGCAGCCGCCAUGGGCAAGGAGGAAAGAGUAAAGCCAAAGAGUUUCUGCGCAAAAUGGAGCUGAUGCGUACCUGGGGGCCAUCGACGAGGAGGAAAAGCUCAAAUCGGAGGCCGCAGCUGGUCAUCGGUGAGCCGGUGUUACAGGGGGAGGAGCCCCAUGCGCUUCAGAUGCUUCAGUGUACUCCCAUCAGCCAAUUAGAAAACAGCCCAAAACACAACCAUCAAACAGAUGGUGACGAUCCCCCUGUUUCUGACAGCAAAACACCUAAAGACCAGAUCACGCUAAAUGUGAGUCCGAGCAAAGAGACUGUAGCGCCGAGUGUUCAGGAGCCUGCAUGUACAAAACCACGCACUGCCAGCAAGAGAAGCAGCAUGUACCUGGAGGAUAUGGAGUUGCCUUCUCAGGGUAAGAGGACUGAGGGUCAGAGCCAGUUUGGCAGAAACCAGUUUCGCUCAUAUGAAAACCUCCUCAUUCACAUCCCCAAAGACCACAAGCCAGGCACUUUUCCCAAAGCUCUGUCCAUUGAAAGUCUGGCACCUUCCCCCGGUGACAGGAACAAUAAUCCCCAGUCACAUAGCCAAACCUCCCCAAAUGAAAAUGGCCUGGGCGAACCUUUAUCUAAACCUGCCUGUCCUGGAGCUCCGAGGGGCAGCAGGGUGAGUGUUUACGACAACGUGCCGGGCUCCCACCUUUAUGCCAGCACUGGGGACCUUCUAGACUUUGAGAAGGAGGACAACCUGUUUCCUCACUUAGACGACAUCAUCCAGCACGUCAGUGGCUUGCAGCAGAUUGUGGACCACUGGAGCCGCAGCGUUUUGCCAGAGGGGGAAGCAGGGGAGGGGGAGGAGGAAGGGGAGGGCAGGACCACCCCCAGCGAAGGUGAGAGAGACGGGGUCUCCUUAAAUGACACCGAUUCAACAGGGACCAGUCGGGAGAGGCGGGACUCUGGAGUUGGGGCCUCGCUCACAAGACCUCGUCUCCGAUGGCCAAGUUUCAGAACGUCUGAUCAUCUCAACCAGCCAGCAUCUUCACUGCAGAUCAGCAGCCAGUCGGCGGGCCAGCUGAGCCUGCUGCAGAAGUUUUCUCUGCUCCGCCUCACCGCCAUCAUGGAGAAAUACUCCAUGUCUAACAAACAUGGCUGGACAUGGUCCGUGCCUAAGUUUAUGAAGCGUAUGAAGGUGCCAGACUACAAAGAGAAGAGUGUGUUUGGCGUUCCUCUGAUUGUUCAUGUCCAACGCUGUGGGUUCCCGCUUCCUCUGUGUUUACAACAGGCCCUCAGCCACCUCAGGACUUACUGUCUGGACCAGGUGGGAUUGUUCCGCAAGUCUGGUGUAAAGUCCCGGAUUCAGGCUUUGAGGCAGCAGUGCGAGUUGUCCCCUGACUGUGUAAACUACGACGACCAAUCUGCAUAUGAUGUGGCUGACAUGGUCAAACAGUUCUUCAGGGACUUACCCGAACCUCUGCUUACAAGCAAACUGGGGGAAACUUUCCUGCACAUUUACCAGUAUGUUCCGAAAGAACAGCGGUUGCAGGCCGUCAGGGCAGCCAUAUUGCUGAUGCCUGAUGAGAACAGGGAGGUUCUGCAGACUCUGCUCUACUUCUUGCGGGACGUCACCUCCUUGGUGGAGGAGAACCAGAUGACGCCGAUGAACCUGGCUGUUUGUCUGGGCCCAUCCCUGUUCCACCUCAGCAUCCUGAAGAACGACAUGCUGUCACCAAGGUCGAUCCAGAAGAAGUACGCUACAGGCCGUCCCGAUCAGAAAGACCUGAGUGAGAACCUUGCUGCCACACAGGGCCUGGCACACAUGAUCACAGAGUGCCAACAUCUCUUCCAGAUCCCAGAGGAAAUGGUGACCCAAUCCCGCAACUCCUACAUGGAGGCUGCGCUGAUGGUGCCCCCGCUGGAGGAACUUUGCAAGGUCCAGGAGGAGGAAGAUGUGGAUGAGGAAGUGGAAGAAGAGGAUGAGGAAGCAUCCUACAACGCACACAUAGAAGGGCUGAUCCAGAACUUGCUGAAAGAGGCCAAGGACAAGAGUAAAGGCUGGGUGUCCCGCUUGUCUUCUGACAACACGGAGCUGGCAUUUAAAAAGGUUGGAGACGGGAAUCCUCUGAGGAGGUGGCGGGUUUGUCUCGAGGUGUCGGCGUCUCCCUCUGAGGUCCUGCAGCGGCUCCUGAAGGAGCGCCCGCUGUGGCAGACAGACCUCCAGCAGGAGAAGGUUCUGGAAACGCUGGACAAACAAACAGACGUGUAUCAUUACACCUGCUGCAAUAUGGCGCCUCUGCCCUGCUAUGACUAUGUGGUACUAAGAUCGUGGCGUACAGACCUCUGUAAAGAGUCCUGUGCGCUGGUGUGCGUGUCCGUCGAGCAUGACGACAGCCCGCGUGUUGGAGCUGUGAGGGGGGUUGUGUUGGAGUCACAGUACCUCCUCGAGCCCUGUGGGACGGGGAAGACCAGGCUCACACACAUCUCCAGAGUCGAUCUCAGGGGAAGAUCUCCAGAAUGGUACAACAAAGCGUUUGGUCAUUUGUGUGUUAAUGAAGCCCAGAGGAUCCGCUCCUCGUUCCUCCCAGGCGAUCAGAGUCCUGAGGCGAAGAACUGAGCUUCAAACAUAAUUCUUCAACCUGAAAACCAGUUUAAUCACCCAGGCAAUCUUUUCUUGGUGCUAAGUUACAGUUCUGGUCAGAUAUGAAAUCAGUAAUUUGGGGCUUUUAAAGGUUUAUAAGACCCAUCCAAUAUGGGUUUUCAGAGUAAACUGAUUAUAAAACAAAAACCGCUACUAUGUUGUUGUUUUUUUUUGUCAACAUUCAAACCAAUUUUGCUUGUAAACUAUAAAAAACAGAAGCCAUGCCACAAAGCAGAUCACUUUAAACGAGCUUUGCCAGUUAUGUCAAAGGAGUAAUCAACUCUCCAGUCAGAAUAAUGGCAGAUAAUUAUAUAUAUAAAAAAUGGGUGACUCAUUUCUAAGCUGUCCUAUAUAUAAAUAAGUCAUUAAAACCCCCAAAUUAAAAUGAUGUUCAUAUCCAUGAUGAGUCGAUGUAAACUUCUGACUUGGACUGUACAUUAUGCUGAGUGGGCACAUAGAAGGGAAGUGUUUUUAUUCUCAUUUGCAGGUAUUUUUCGACAUAGUACUUUAAUUUAUAAUAUAAAUUAUGAUAUUGCUUUUCAGUCACAAUUUCAAGAUUCUUUCCAGUUCUGAAUGUGUUACUAGACAUUCAAUCAUCAGAAUAGCAAUUUACUUUGCGAGUACUUGUAAGCUAAGUGCUUUAUUAAAAGGAUGAUGUCUUGUAUAUAGAAAGCGAAUUCCCUAUUUAUUGCUUUGGUUUGUUCUACCAAAUACUUAGCAUUUAUUUUUAACAUCUUGAACAAACAAAACAAUGAGAGAUGAGGAGAUAACACUCUAAUCCCUGUUGUACUUAUCUACGAUUUACAUAUUAUGUAAAUUUAUUCUCAAACCAACUGUUAAUUGAAGCUCAUAUAUUAUUAAAAUACUAUUAUUAUUUAUUACUAUUACAUUUCUCAAGAUUUGCGAAAACGUCACAAGGCCUGCUUAUUCUACCAAUCUUAGAUUUGUUUUUAAAUUAAGCUGUAAAAACAGGUCUCGCUCACCUGUAACUUGACUUUACACCAGUGAACUCUUUACAAGUAACAUGGGAAUAUGCUGUAUCUCCAGCUUUAGCUUGACGAUAUGCCAAAUCAUUGCUUCAUUUGCACUUAUAAAAGUAUAAAAGUAAUUACACAAAACUAUCAGAACUCCUUUAAAAAAAACAAAACAAAAUAUGGACACAUGUCAGCACCGUGUUGUGAAAAGUCCACUUGUUUCAUGUAGAAGGUCCACACAAAGAGUCCUGAACCACAUCGAAGGGGACGCAAUCACUGGGUCCAUAAAUGUGUUUUUAAUAUUUUAUGUACGAUUUCACAGAUGAUGUCCCUUUUCAGUCCCCACUUUCAGUAUUCAAAGGUGUUCUUUUAUCUCUGUAUAUGGUAUUCUAGUUGUUGUUUUUUUUCUCGUUUGUGUUAUACAAUGUCUAAGACAUGAGACCAUUUCACUGCUUCUGGGAAGCAUGUUUGAAACUUAGCGUGUGUGCAUGGUUGUGCCCGUGUAUCAGCAUUUCAAACUCACUUACAGCCCGUACUGUAAACUCUCUGCAGCGCUCUCUGUGCCAUCACAGCUCUUCAGGGUCUUCCUAUCAUAUUGAUAAGCUGAAAUGUGAAAUUUCCACACACCAUCCGUAGGGAAGCAGUAGAUGAAAACUCGCUCCACCGUGGUACUGCCCUGGCUUUAAUGUUUGUUUCCGCUGUAGGCAGCAUUGCCAUGGUGUUGCUAUGAUAUAAUAUUAUCUCCACAGUGCCGCCAUAAUCCUCGCGUGGAUGCCUUUUGCUGGGUGACAGUGGCGCGUGUGCAUGAGUGCGUAAGAAAGGAUUGAGAGACUCUGACGUGAGACCUCCGCUGUUUGUGGAGAGGUUCCAAACUUAGCUUAGGGCUGGAGGAUUUAUGCUUGUUAUUUUUGACAGUGACUGAAAACAAAGCUGUUGUUUCUAAAGAGGAGAAUAAAAAUUUAAAAGUGCA